UCAUCACAUGGUCGCUGGAAACUACAACAAGGAAGAAGACAUGGCAAGGACAGAAUCCAUCAUAUUCGCUCUGCUACUUGCAGCCGCAGCUACCAUUGCUCGCACCACCGCCACUACAGUCUCUGCUGAAACUUCUGCCGCCACUCCCACCACAGCCGCUGCUACAACUGCUGCCCCCACUCCCACCACAGCUGCUGCUACAAAUGAUGACCCCACUCCCACCACAGCUGCUGCUACAAAUGAUGACCCCACUCCCACCACAGCUGCUGCUACAAAUGAUGACCCCACUCCCACCACAGCCGCUGCUACAACUGCUGCCCCCACUCCCACCACAGCAGCUGCUACAACAGCUGCCGCCACUCCCACCACAGCCGCUGCGACAACUGCUGCCGCCACUCCCACCACAGCCGCUGCUACAACUCCUGCCCCCACUCCCACCACAGCUGCUGCUACAACUGCUGCCGCUACUCCCACCACAGCCGCUGCUACAACUCCUUCCCCCACUACCACCAUAGCCGCUGCGACAACUGCUGCCCCCACUCCCACCACAGCCGCUGCGACAACUGCUGGCCCCACUCCCACCACAGCCGCUGCAACAACUGCUGGCCCCACUCCCACCACAGCUGCUGCUACAACUGCUGCCCCCACUCCCACCACAGCAGCUGCUACAACUGCUGCCCCCACUCCCACCACAGCAGCUGCUACAACUGCUGCCGCCACUCCCACCACAGCCGCUGCGACAACUGCUGCCCCCACUCCCACCACAGCCGCUGCGACAACUGCUGCCCCCACUCCCACCACAGCAGCUGCUACAACUGCUGCCGCCACUCCCACCACAGCCGCUGCGACAACUGCUGGCCCCACUCCCACCACAGCCGCUGCGACAACUGCUGCCCCCACUCCCACCACAGCCGCUGCUACAACUCCUGCCCCCACUCCCACUACAGCCGCUGCGACAACUGCUACCCCCACUCCCACCACAGCCGCUGCGACAACUGCUUCCCCCACUCCUACCACAGCCGCUGCUACAACUGCUACCCCCACUCCCACCACAGCUGCUGCUACAACUGCUGCCGCCACUCCCACCACAGCCGCUCCUACAACUGCUGCCCCCACUACCACCACAGCCGCUGCUACAACUGUUGCCUCCACUGCCACCUUAGAUGCUUCUCGGCCUGCAGUGGUCAUGUUGGUAGUCAUUUCCCUGACAUUGGCGCAGAUGCUGAUAGACUUUUAGUUGACAUCCAAGAUACUCUAUUUGUGUAACAUGUGUAACAUUCCAUGGAAAGUGCAUGAUGAAAUAGUGUAUUGACCAACAUUUAGCCCUGAUGUUCAAAUGUAUUCAUCAAUCAUUCAAUCAAACUAUUAAUCACAAGUGUUGGAGCCUAUUUAUUUAUUAAUUGUUUUGACAAUGAAAUCAAAUAAUGUCAAUGAUGAUGUUGAUGAAUUAUUGGAUGUUUUAGAUUUCAUUGUGAUUAACUGAUUGGACGUUUGUUCCGCACACUUUACCG